AUGUCUACCUCAGCCGCUGUUGAUGCCCUCCUCGAGGAGACGGCGCGCGAGGUCGAGAUGAAGGACCGCGAGCGCAACGCUAGCAGCGAGGCGCGCGACCUCGACACCCGCCGAGACGACCGCGACCGCCACUCAGAUCGACGCGACCGACGUGACAGGAGCAGGGGACGAGGUGACCGUUAUCGUGAGUCCAAUGGAGACCGGCACCGAAGCCGCGAUAGAGAUCACCGAAGAAGAGAAGGAAGCCGACCCAGAUCGAGCAAAGGCGCUGACACAGAUGAAGACCGUGAUAGGCAUCGCCGUAGCAGCUCCCGAGACCGGCGUGGCGGACCCCGUCGUGACCGCGGUGACUUUUACAGCGGAGGUGGACGCCCACGCACCCGCUCCCCUCGUCGUGACCGUGUCGAUGACAGGUACCGUGAUAGGUCCCGUGACCGCCGCCGCAACGGUGACGAGCGUCGCAACAGCCGUCGUAACAACACUCCGCCCGAGCCCGAAGUUACUGAAGACGACCGUGACAAGCGCACCAUCUUCGUCCAGCAGAUCUCCCAGCGUGCCGAAACCCGCCAUUUGCGCGCCUUCUUCGAGCGAGUUGGCCCAGUUGUGGAGGCUCAAAUUGUCAAAGAUCGAGUGACUGGUCGCUCCAAGGGUGUCGGCUAUGUUGAGUUCAAGGAUGAAGAGUCUGUACCCCAAGCAUUGGAACUGACUGGUCAGAAACUGAAGGGUGUUCCCAUCAUCGCCCAGCUUACCGAAGCCGAGAAGAACCGUGCUGCCCGCCCAUCAGAAGGUGGUGCCGCGCCUGGUGCUAACGGUGCUCCCUUCCAUCGUCUCUAUGUUGGCAAUAUUCACUUUAGUGUCACCGAGAAAGAUCUACAGGAGAUCUUUGAGCCUUUUGGUGAGCUUGAGCAGGUCAUCCUCCAACGUGAUGAGAUGAACCCCGGUCGCUCCAAGGGAUAUGGUUUCGUUCAGUUUGUUGACCCCUCGCACGCUAAGAAUGCUCUCGCAGAGAUGAACGGCUUCGAGCUUGCCGGUCGCCAGAUCCGUGUUGGUCUCGGUAACGACAAAUUCACCCCUGAAUCGACUGCUAACUUGCUCCGCACCUUCUCCCAGCAAGCUCAAUCCUACCAGGGCUCUGCUUUUAGUGGAGCUGGUGGCCGUGGUGCAUACGCAGGUGGCAGUGGCGGUGUCUUUGACCGCACACACAGCAAGGAUGAUCGUGGUGUUAGUGGUGCUUCUGCUCUUGACGAUACUGAUGUUGCUGGAGUCAACUUCAAGACUUACGAUCGCAGCAAGCUCAUGGAUGCUCUCGCCCGCCGCGAUAACCCCGAGCCUACGAAACAGGGUGCUCAGCCCGUUGUUAGCAAGCCACGCGUGCCCGUUGUUGAUAAGCCCAUGGCAUCCAAGUGCAUCAAGAUUGAGAAUGCUUUUGACCCUGAUGAGGAGCAGCGCAACUGGGGUGACAACUGGGUCAAAGACCUUGAACUUGAGGUCAAGUCUGAGUGUGACAAGAAGUACGGCAAGGUUGUUCACAUUGCUGUCGACACUAACAGUGAGGGCGACAUUUUCGUCAAGUUUGACUCCGUGUCUGGCGGCGAGAAGGCUCUUCAGGGUCUAAACGGCCGUAACUUCAACCACCGCACCAUCCGCGCUUCGUACGUUGUCGACAAGAUCUACAACUCACUCUGGGGUGCUGCUGCGAGCAGGUUCUAA